CUGCUCCUAUAUACAAGAAUAUAACUACUAUAAUACUGCCUCCUAGCUGUGAGGUUGUGUGUCUGUAGUUCUCCUGAUGUCUGGAGCAAGCCCAGGGCGGGGCCACCCUGGGCGGGGAAGCUCCCCAAGCAAGGCCCAGGCUUCUCGGCCUACACUGGAGGAAAACUCCCAGACUCUUUUUGAUGGAGAUGAAAAUCCUGAAGUGGAUGUUGUACACCAAAGUCCUCAGCAUGGAAGCACUACAAGUGCAAGGAUGGAAGAUAAAGAAAUGGAUGUUUGUAAAGCAAAGAAAGAAGCAGCAGAAAGUGUUUGUGAGACACGUGUAAUGAUACAGUCGGCCGGCCAAGGCUCUCAGUGUGGGGAACAACCAAAAGGCUCCCAGAAAGUAAGUCCUGUAAGAGACAACAAGUCUGCUAUUCAAGGCCAUGAUGGUGCACAGGAGGUGAGGGGAUCACAGGCAGCAGGUGUGCAGCUCCACUCUCCAGCACAGAGACAGAGGAGGACAUCUCUGGAGAGGCAGACAUUACAGGAGAACCUACAGCAACAAGAGGUGGUCUCCAGCAUGACCCGCUCAGGCCGCACCAGAUCCCAGGCUGGAGGUAAGAGCCAAAAUACUGCAGAGGGGUCUAUGGGGGUGACACCUGGGAAAUUUGUGGAGAAAUCUCUAAGUGUCUGCAAAACUGUUCCUGCCCCGGACUCUGACCUGGCUUCAGCAGAUACAAGCAGCCAUGGCUCCGUAUUCAUCCAGCCCGAGAGUCUAUCCAGACCCCACCAGCAGGGCAAAGAGACCACCCGGGCACCAGAGCUACAGCUGGCGGAGGAGAUCCCAGCACUGGUGAGGAGGAUGGAGGAGCUGAAACACCAAAAACAAAUGCUACAGAUGCAGAUUGACUGUGUAUACAAACUAAAGACUGCGAACCCACAGUACAAGUCCAUGCAUGACAACAAACUGUAUACACUGAGCACAGAGCUGGCCACCAUAGUGAGCGAGAUGGACUGUUUACUGGAGAGGAUGGGACCACUGGCGGAAUCCUAUAGGAACCAGGAGCGCUUUUCCCAGUACCAGCUAAAUUUUGAUUCUGAGCCCAGAUCAGAUGUAAUACCUGACAUCACCGCAGAGGAGCCCCAGGAGGUGAAAAGACCCCUAAUAAAACCCCCAAACUUCACCUUUAAGGAUCAGCAUAAGUAUGGAGAACAGCAACAUCAGAGACCUGCAGCUGUUCCUAAACAAGAGCCUGCAAUUCCGGUACCUGCAGAGGCACCGCAAGUCCCAGAGGACCCAGUACAUGAGGAGGACAGUGGACAUUUGCCGGUGUAUGAAGCAGAAUUGACGGUGGCGGAGGUCAAAGAGGCCAUUGAUAAGUUACAUCUGAAGAAGGCACCAGGUCCAGAUGGGAUAACAGCAGAAUUCUAUAAGACAUUCAGAGACCUCUUGGCCCCAAUCCUCGUGGAUGUUUACACAAAUUGUCUAGAAAGUCACCUGAUGCCUCCAUCCAUGAGAGUGUCCUCGCUGAUUCUGCUGUCUAAAGGUAAAGAGCCGAGUGACAUCAAGAACUGGAGGCCAAUUGCCCUCUUGAAUGUCGACAGGAAGAUUCUGGCAAAGAUCCUGUUUUCUAGGUUAGUUUGUCUGUCCCCGGCACUGUUGGCAGGCUGUCAGUAUGGCACAGUAAAAGGGCGGAACAUCUCUGGGGCAGUGAUCUCCAUAAGGGAGAUGUUCGAGAGAUGUAAAGCCCUGAGGUGUGGGAGAUAUGUUGUGAGUCUUGACCAGGCUAAACAAUGGGCUUUUUUCUAA